AUGCGCGCCGAAGCUGCUUUCUCGUCAUCUUUCAGACCGUCGCGUUAUUAUUGUUCUCAUCGUCAUCAUCGUCAUCAUCGUCAUCAUCGUCGUUUAAAUCAUCAUCGUUCAAAUCAUCAUCGUUCUUCCAUCAUCACGACGAGGUGUUUAAUACGAGUGGAAGAUGAUGAGGAUGAAAACAACGAGAAGGACUUCAGAAGGUCAAAGAGGCGAAACGAACGGCGAGAGCUUUUAACGACAACUUUGCAACAAGGGCGAACGAACGAUGAGAAAUACGCAACAAAAGGAGUAAAAGUCGAGAGCGAUGCAGAAAAUGCAUCAGAAACCAACGGAGGAAGCGCCGCCGCCGCCGCCGCCGCGAAGGAAAAAAUGUUCCAGAUUUUACGCGACAGCGCGAGCUGGGAUCCAGACGUGGAAAAGUUGUUGGAAGGAAUAGACGCGAGCGAUCCAGAUGCCAUCGAACAAGCCAUACGGAAGAGAUUUGAUGAGAAGAAGAGUCGAGUGUACAAACCGUUGAACGAAGAUGGCGUUGGAGACGAAGGGUCAAACGACGACAAUAAGAACGGUUCGCAGACGCCGACGUUGGUGUUCUUCAGGCAAGUGCAAACGCAAAAUUUGUGGGUCUGGAUGGAAGCGAGAAAUACCAUAGAGGAUAAAGAGAAAGAAUUCUUCGACGAGGCGAUUAAAUCGUGGUUCGUGGUUGGAAAAUUAGGCGGAUAUAACGUGGAAAAUCAACAGUGCUUAGAAAGCGCUUCGGUCCUAAACGACACGGUGAGUCAUUUGGAUUACGACGUCGCUCGAUCGCACGAUAGAACGAGCGCGUCGUUGUUUCACGCGAUCGGGGAAGUUGAAUACAGAGGGAAAUGGGCGCGAGUUUGGAUGGAUUUAGGCACCGCGGAUGAGAUGGCAUUAGAUGUGCUCAUCAAUUCUUUAAUCACUUUGAGCAGAGAGUACGUCGGGAUUAAACAAAUCGUCAUCGGCGGCGAUAACGAAAACGGGUGGGGGACGAAAGAUUCGGGGUACGGGCAAGACCAAGGCAAACCGUUCGAAGAUUUCGACCCGGCGUUUGAUGAAAUGUUUGGCGACAUGCGAGGGAUGCGAGGGAAACCGAACGCGGAAGAUUCGAACUGGAUGAGUCGAUAA